UGCUACCGACAACAUUAAAUAAUUCUUGGCGGAGCUGCUGGUUUUAUCACUCGAGGGUUCAUGCAGAUAGCAAAAGAUUUCUAGUUUUCAGACUAGGAACUUCGAAUGCUGCUCUAAUUCCUACUUAAGGAGGAGAAAAUUGCCAGUUCUUCCACGAUUUAGUCCAUGUGAGGACUCAGUAAAGCCCGGUAAUGAAGCAGAGAUCCUUCACAUUGUUUUCAUGCGGCUGCUGGAGCAGUGAGUUCAAUCUUAUCAUCCUCUCUCUGCUUCUCUUCUUGAGCUUGAUUCAAGAACAUGGAUGCAAAGCCCAGCAACUAGAUCCAGGAGAAGUUAGUGCAUUGAGGGUAAUAGCCUCAAAAUUGAAAAAGGAGUGGGACUUCUCGGUAGACCCAUGCAGUGGAAGUGCUGGAUGGGUAGAACCAAGUACCUCUAAGCACAUUGUGAGCAAUCUCACAUGCAACCGCAGCUCCUCCAUGAGUGUUUUCCAUGUGACUAGCAUUCAGCUGAAAGGUCAGAACUUGACUGGUGUUCUGCCAGAUGAGUUUGCCAACCUUACCUCCUUGCAAGUGUUAGACCUAUCACGGAACUAUCUCAAUGGAACUAUUCCAAGUGCAUGGGCCUCUCUUCCUCUGACCAAAUUAUCACUACUUGGAAAUCGCGUGUCAGGGACAAUUCCAGAGGAGCUAGGGAGCAUCACCACGCUUAUCGAACUUACUUUGGAUAGCAACCAACUACAAGGCCCAAUACCCGCAUCUCUUGGCAACCUCAUCAACUUAAAUUUAUUGCAUCUCUCUGCAAACAACCUAACAGGGCCAUUACCAGAUUCACUUGGCAAAUUGACAAAUCUAAUAGAAUUCAUAAUUGAUGGGAACCCAAUAUCUGGAAAGAUUCCAAGCUUCAUUGGAAACUGGACACAACUCACCAGACUGGAUAUGCAAGGAACAUUAAUGGAGGGGCCUUUUCCUCCCACCUUCUCAAAUUUGGCAUCAAUCCUUCAGUUGAGGGUCUCUGAUCUGAAAGGAGGUCUUGAGAGUUUUCCUGAUCUACAAAAUAUGAAACUUAUACAAAGACUGGUUCUUAGGAAUUUGUCUAUGACCGGUCACCUUCCUGAUUUUAUUGUAGAAACACCAAUAAAAACCUUAGAUGUGAGCUUCAACAACUUGAGCGGUCCAAUACCAGAUAGCUACCAAGCACUCAUAAAAUCAAUUAAUUACAUGUACCUUACAAGUAACUCGAUAAGCGGGAAAAUACCAGACUGGAUCUUGGAGAGUAAUAAAAAUUUGGAUCUUUCUUAUAACCAAUUCAGUGGCUUACCUGUCACAUCUAGCUGCCAACAAGGAAAUGUGAAUCUAUUUGCUAGUUAUUCAUCCACUCUCAAUAAUUUAGUCGCACCAUGUUUUAGGCGAAAUCACCCCUGCAUUGACAAAGCAAGAAAUUGCAACAUAUUCAUCAAUUGCGGAGGGAAUAAAGUAGUUGUUGACGGUAAUGUAUACGAAGAAGAUAUAACCCGGUUAGGCCCAUCUUAUUUUGGUGACAAUGGCAAAUGGGCAUACAGCUCUACGGGUGAUUUUCUAGACAAUCGCGACGAGAAGUAUAUUGCUACAUCUACAAAUUCCUCAUUACUGCACAUGGAUAAUCCCAGGUUAUACAUGACUGCUAGGCUCAGUCCUCUCUCUCUUAAGUACUAUGGUCUCUGUUUACAUGAAGGAAAUUACACAGUGAAGCUUCACUUUGCUGAAAUAAUGUUUCCUGAUGAUCAAACAUUCCCAAGUGUGGGACAGAGGAUAUUUGAUGUGUCCAUACAGGGUCAGAAGGUUUUGAGAGACUAUAACAUUGCAAAAGAAGCUAAUGGCACUGGAAAAGAAAAAAUUGAGGUCUUCAAUGAUACUUAUGUUAAUAUAGAUGGCACUUUGGAAAUUCACUUACAAUGGGGUGGAAAAGGCACACAUGCCAUACCUCAUGCAAGUGUAUAUGGACCUCUCAUAUCCGCCAUUUCGAUUACUCCAAACUUCUCACCUGAUCUGUGUAUAGAAGCUUCGCAACAUAAGUUAUCUACUGGAGCUAUUCUUGGCAUUGCUGCUGCUGCCUGCAGUGUAGCAUCCCUAAUUGGACUACUAAUUCUGCUUUUGUCAAGAAGAAGAAAACAUGAUGAUGAACUUAGAGGAUUAGAAUUGGUAACUGGAUACUUCAGUUUCAAACAAAUCAAAGCUGCCACAAAAAAUUUUGACAUUUCAAACAAGCUUGGUGAAGGUGGAUUUGGCCCUGUUUACAAGGGUAUGCUGCCAGAUGGAACUCUAAUUGCUGUAAAAAAGCUCUCAUCUAAGUCAAAGCAAGGAAACCGCGAAUUCGUAAACGAGAUAGGCAUGAUAUCUGCACUAGAACACCCGAAUCUCGUGAAACUCUAUGGAUGUUGCAUUGAGGGGGAUCAGUUACUUCUAAUAUAUGAGUACAUGGAAAACAAUAGUCUUGCUCGUGCUCUAUUUGGUCCUGAGCAAUUUCGGCUAAGCCUUGAUUGGCAGACAAGGUGCAGUAUCUGUAUCGGAAUAGCAAGAGGAUUAGCGUAUCUUCACGAGGAAUCCAGAUUAAAGAUCGUUCACAGAGACAUCAAAGCGACCAAUAUUCUUCUUGAUAAAAAUUUCAAUGCAAAAAUAUCAGAUUUUGGGUUGGCUAAGCUUGAUGAAGAGGAGAACUCUCACAUCAGCACUAGAAUAGCAGGAACAAGGGGUUACAUGGCUCCUGAAUAUGCAAUGAGAGGUUACCUGACCGACAAAGCGGAUGUGUAUAGUUUCGGAGUGGUCAUGUUAGAAACUGUGAGUGGAAUCUGCAACACAAAUUAUUGGCAAAAGAAAGAUUUCACAUUUCUUCUCGACUGGGCUUAUGUUCUCUUGGAGCAGGGUAAUCUGCUAGAACUAGUCGACCCGGCAUUGGGUUCAGAGUACUCGAAGGAAGAGGCAUUGCAGAUGCUGAACUUAGCUCUCGCUUGCACCAACCCAACUCCGACUAGACGACCCACCAUGUCGAAUGUGGUGAGCAUACUCGAACACAAAGCGACUAUGGAAUCCUUGUUUGUGGCAUGGGAACCCCACAACAGCAUGGAUUUCAGAUCAAUUGUGGUGGCCGGAAACUCUGCCUUCUUACACAGUCAAGCGUCUGUGAAGACUGUGAUGGCAGAAGAAAGCAAUUUGCUUUGUGUUGCAAGCCUGCAUUGCACAGACAAGUGAGGCAUUUUCUUUGGGGAAUGAGAUGUUUGCUCACAAUUGUGUUUCUGAACAUUAUUGCCACAAGUACUUGGCUAUGGCAAGAUUGAUCUGUUUAGCAUACUCGGGAAUUACAAAAUUAAGACAAAAGUGAAUUUUUGGUGGAUGAUAUCCGACAACAUCAGU